AUGGCCCGGGCACUCGUUGUCCAUCAGCUGAACAGUGGCUGGUCAUUCAAGAAGACUGACGAUGUCUCCGAGGAUGCCUGGCUUCCCGUCGCUCGCGUUCCCACCAACGUCCAUCUAGAUUUAAUGGAUAACAAUGUAAUCCCCGACCCUUUUAUUGCCUCCAACGAGCUAGAGUGCGAAUGGGUUGCAGAUCAAUCAUGGACGUACAGGAUCGAAUUACCGGAAGUCAUCGAGCUGCAAAAUGGGUCAAUCGUUGUAUUGGCAUUUGACGGUCUAGAUACCUUUGCCACAGUCAGGCUUAACGAAGAAGUCAUCCUUACGAGUGAUAAUACGUUCAUUUCUCAUCGGGUGGACGUCACGAAUCGUAUGCGGUACGGCAAGGUGAACGUACUGGAGAUUGAUUUCGAAUCCGCAAGACUUCGGGCUAUCGAGAUCAAGGAGGCUUAUCCGGAGCACAAGUGGGUAGGUUUCAACGGAGACAUGUCAAGAUUGGCCGUUAGAAAAGCGCAAUAUCACUGGGGCUGGGACUGGGGCCCAAUCCUCAACACCUGUGGACCGUGGAGAGAAGUCCGCCUAGAGACAUACGAGGCGAGGAUCAGUGACCUGCGUGUUGAUUACAAACUUAGCACGAACCUCAAAAGUGUAAAUGGAACAUUGACUGCCCAUGUUGAGGGUGCUGCCGCCAAGUCUGUAACAUUUCAAGUUCGUCUUGCGGAUGCAACCGUCUUCGAUGCCAGAACCGAGGUGGACCGGAACGGUAUGGCCGAAGUGGAAUUCCGCGUGAGCGAACCCAAGCUGUGGUAUCCCCACGGAUAUGGAGGGCAACCUCUGUAUGAGAUAACCGCAACCAUCUCGGGGCGCGAGGUUAACCUCCACUCCGCAACCCAGAAGAUUGGUUUCCGUAAGGGCGAACUUGUACAAGAGCCGGAUGAGAUUGGCAAGUCCUUCUACUUCCGCAUCAACGGAAUCGACGUUUUCUGCGGCGGCUCGGAUUGGAUACCUGCCGAUAGCUUCACGCCCAGAGUAUCAGCCGAGAGAUAUCGAAAAUGGCUGGAGUUGAUGGUUGAUGGCUAUCAGGUCAUGAUCAGAAUUUGGGGCGGAGGUAUUUGGGAAGAAGAUGUAUUCUACGAUCUCUGCGACGAGCUUGGUAUUCUAGUGUGGCAAGACUUCAUGUUCGGCUGUGGGAAUUAUCCAGCUUUUCCCGAAUUCCUCAAGACUAUCAAAGCGGAGUGCGUCGCCAAUGUCCGCAGACUACGGCAUCAUCCUUGCAUCGUUGUUUACGCUGGCAACAACGAGGAUUAUCAAGUCCAAGAGUCGUUUGGAUUGACUUACCACUAUGAGGACAAUGAUCCAGAGAGCUGGCUCAAGACUGAUUUUCCGGCCAGAUAUAUCUACGAAAAGCUAUUACCUGAGGUAGUUGAAGCGGAGAGCCCUCACGUUGCGUAUCAUCCAGGCAGUCCUUGGGGCGAUGGACUCAUUACCUCCAAUCCCACAGUGGGCGACAUGCACCAGUGGAACGUAUGGCACGGUACACAAGAGAAGUACCAAAUCUUCGAUACCCUCGGCGGCCGCUUCAACAGCGAAUUCGGCAUGGAAGCCUUCCCCCACAUCGACACUAUCAAACACUUCUGCACAGACGAAUCGCAGCUGUAUCCGCAAUCGCGCAUGCUAGAUUUCCACAACAAAGCCGACGGACACGAGCGAAGAAUAGCGACUUACCUUGUGGAGAACUUCCGCACAGAGACUGACCUAGAGGCCUUCAUCCACCUAACGCAGCUAUCCCAAGCCGAAGCUCUCAUGUUCGGCUACCGCGGCUGGCGGCGACAAUGGGGCCAAAAGCGCCGCUGCGGUGGCGCUCUGGUCUGGCAGCUCAAUGACUGCUGGCCCGUGACCUCGUGGUCCAUCGUGGACUACUUCCUCCGUAAAAAGCCAGCUUACUACGCCAUGCGUAGGGCGCUGGCACCAGUCGCAGUUGCGGUCAAGCGGGCGCAUCACGACUGGAGCAUCACACAUGCGCGGCCUGCUAAGACUAGUGACUGGGAGCUCUGGGUAGCGAGCAGUAAGGCUGAGCCGGUGACUGCUACCGUUGAAUUGCGAUUCAUCUCCAUUGCGACGGGGAAGGAAAUCAAGGAUGCUGUUGUCAAGAAUGACAUCGAGAUCGUCGCGAAUGGCACGACCGACGUACUCUCCGGAACCAUUGAUAAUGUUCAGGAAGAACCUCACGUCCUUACCGCAAGGUUAUGGAUCGAUGCUCGAGUGGUCGCCCGAGACGUAGACUGGCCCCAGCCACUGAAAUAUCUCAGCUUCGAAGACCGAGGGGUUCAAGUCAAGUGGGACGGGAACACAGUCACUGUUGUCGCGGAGAAGCCGACUAAAGGCCUGGUUUUUGAGGAGCGUGAAGGCGUGCUCCUGAAUGAUAGUGCCCUCGACGUUGUGCCGGGUGACGUGCAAGUCGUUAUAGUGAAGGGGUUGGGAGCUGAUGACCAGCCCUUGCGGUGGAGGUAUCUUGGCCAAGCUUGA